AUGGAAUUCAUGGGCCAGACUCGCAGCAUAGCUCAAUGCCUAUACAAAAAUUUGACUCUUUGCAAGGGUCUAGGUCAGAAACUCUGAAUUUUUUGAGGCAAAUGCAGUCUCCACAUGCAAAUACUUUUAUUUUGCCUCAAUUUUCGCCGAUGGAUUCAUUUCAGCACUAUCUUAGUCCGAGAAAUAAUAAAUAGUGUAAAUAUUGUUACUUAA